UAAACCUCUUUGGCUGGAGUAGGGUUCGGGUGAGCAGAUUUCCUUAUCCGGGAAUCACAGGCGGGGCGGCCAUUGGCUCCGAAGAUCACGUGGGUCCCUAACUUUGUUCACUUGACAGUAAGUAGGAGGGCUUUCGGAAACAGGAAAACGAGUCAGGGGUCGGAAUAAAUUUUAGUAUAUUUUGUGGGCAAUUCCCAGAAAUUAAUGGCUAUGAGUUCUUUUUUGAUCAACUCAAACUAUGUCGACCCCAAGUUCCCUCCCUGCGAGGAAUAUUCACAGAGCGAUUACCUACCCAGCGACCAUUCGCCCGGGUACUACGCCGGCGGCCAGAGGCGAGAGAGCAGCUUCCAGCCGGAGGCGGGCUUCGGGAGGCGCGCGGCGUGCACCGUGCAACGCUACGCGGCCUGCCGAGACCCUGGGCCCCCGCCGCCUCCGCCACUACCCCCGCCGCCCCCGCCACCGCCUGGGCUGUCCCCUCGGGCUCCUGCGCCGCCGCCCUCCGGGGCCCUCCUUCAGGAGCCCGGCCAGCGCUGUGAGGCGAUCAGCAGCAGCCCCCCGCCGCCUCCCUGCGCCCAGAACCCCUUGCACCCCAGCCCGUCCCACUCCGCUUGCAAAGAACCCGUCGUCUACCCCUGGAUGCGCAAAGUUCACGUGAGCACGGUAAAUCCCAAUUACGCCGGCGGGGAGCCCAAGCGCUCUCGGACCGCCUACACUCGCCAGCAGGUCUUGGAGCUGGAGAAGGAGUUUCACUACAACCGCUACCUGACGCGGCGCCGGAGGGUGGAGAUCGCCCACGCGCUCUGCCUCUCCGAGCGCCAGAUCAAGAUCUGGUUCCAGAACCGACGCAUGAAGUGGAAAAAAGACCACAAGCUGCCCAACACCAAGAUCCGCUCGGGUGGCGCAGCAGGCGCAGCCGGAGGGCCCCCUGGCCGGCCCAACGGAGGCCCCCCCGCGCUCUAGCGCCCCCCAUGCGGGAGCCUAGAACCUCGGGGCGGGGGUGGGCGGCAAGCGCGAGGGGGGCGGGAGGGGCCGGGGCUUGGGCCCGGAGAAACCUAUCUGCCCUCCCCCCACUUUAUCUAUAUAUGAAUAAACGCAGAGAAGGAGGGGGAGGGGAAGCUUUAUUUAUAGAAAUGACCGUGGGGAGCCGGGCGAGGCCCCCCCAGAAGCAAGGUUCAAGUCUCCUGCUUUCUUCCUUAAAAAAAAAAAGAAAGAGACAGAAAGAGAAAUAAGAGGCUCCAGCUCCUCGUUUUCAGCUUUGGCGAAGAUGGAUCCACGUUUCAUCUUUAAUCACUCCAGGCCCAGGCCCAUCUGUCUUGUUUACUACGCCGAGGAGAGGACGGGCCUCGGUGGCGACCAUUACCUCGACACCCAGCUAACAAAUGAGGCCCGGCUCAGCCACCGCCGCCUCUGCUGCUGGAAGAAGGCCUGGAUUCUCUUUCUUUGUCCCCCACUCCAGACACCCUACUACGAAAGCACCCUCUGACUGCCAGAUAGCUCAGUGUUGUGGCCACGGUAACAAACACACACACAACUUCUUCCCGCUCCGUGCCGGUGCCCCUUCACCGGGACACUGACUGCUCGCCCCCUUCUACCUUGGGGCUGGUGGGGGCAGAAAGGGGGCAAGUGAGGUAGGGGGGCAGGCAGCCUUGGCAACGCAGGAGCCUGCAGGGAAAUUGAGGCAGAGCAAAAAAAAAAAAGAGACUCAGGCCGGGGCGAGGGCCUUCCUCUGGAAGGCCAAGCAGGGCCUGACAGAGUGAGGGGCCGGUUGAGUUCUUGGAGCCGGGCACAACCCUCUCGCCAAUCCGGAGUGCUACAGCGAGGCCUGCUCUCCUAGACUGAAAACGUAUGUGAAACUGGGAAAUAAAGAGUUGUGCCCCUCCUGGUCUGGGAGGACCAUGUUGCAGCAGAGCCCUCUGCCAUAGUUGAUCCUUGUUGCGUCGUUUAUUAUUAUUAUUAUUACUAUUAUUUUAUGUCAUGUUCGUCCUCUCUUGUUCUCUUUCUGACAUUCCAAACCAGGCCCCUUCCUAUCUCUGGGGCUGUCUGAGUCUAGAAUUUUUUGCAGGCGUGAAAAUGUGUUUCCUGUACGGAGUGACAAUAGAGAAAUAAAUGUUUGGUUUCUUGCGACCAACACAGCGUGUUUUUGUUGAAACCUUGAUGUAAAGAUAGGGACAAAUGCCACCUAGUUUGUAAUUGAAGCACCCCAGUGGGUUCUGCCUCACAUUGUAUGUAGUCGAAGAUUUUUUCAAAGGGUCCAGCGGGAAUUUCUAUCUCAGUGGACUCCAAAUUGUGGAAGGUGGUUUGUUUUCCUUUCGGGGUGGAUGUGUUUUGUCUGGUGCUUUCAUUUUUUUUUCUUCCAGUCCAAAAAUGGAUUGAAAGGACUGGGAGGGCUGACUCCAGUCCCUAAUGGGGGAAAAAUGUUUCAUUGUAGCACACAAGAGGCUUAAGUAUGGCAAAGCCUUUCAUAUCGUGAUUUAUUUGUCAUAAGCAAAUAAAAUGAGGUUAAGCUGUCUCUUUCUAGACAGACUGCUCUUUGGUUAUUAAAGUUCCGAGAGAGGAUUCCAUGAGGCCGGCCUCUUUCCUUCCCGAAUAAGAAGGUACCGCUUUCCUCUGAGGUGUUUAAGGCUUUAAUGAGUCUAAUUUUUUGCACAGAUGUUUCUGGGUGUUUGCAGGUUUUCAGAGUAUUUUUAUAUUACAAAGGAGCUAGCUGGUGCCAUAGCUCAAGCUCUGACAAGCAAAUAGAUAAUCAAGAAGACAAAUGGCCUCUUUUGUGAAGCCCUGCUCCUGUAUUAAUUUUCAUUUUCUUUUUCAUAGAAAGUAUCGAAAGUGCGACUGGGGACCAAAUAGCUUUCUGUCUCUGAGGUCCCAGUCACCCCUAGAAUAGGGUAGGGGAAGGGAAAAGGGGUGUGGAUGAGCCUCAGAAGCGCUCGGGGCUGGGGCCACUUUGUGCAGCACCAUUAGAUGUUCUAAGUUCUGGGGGCUCCAGCCUCAGGGUCUCCAGCCCUGUGGUGGUCCAGGGUCCAGCCACCCUGCCUCCCAAAAGCCCGGGGCUUGGAAAAGUGUAUGCAAUUCAAAGUUGUUUUUCGGUCUCAUCUCCCCUCAGAAAAUAAAAAUAGCCAAAUCCACCGGCACUUUUAUUUUGAUUUACUUUUUAUGCCUCUGGCUAGAAGCGCCGGUGUUUGAGGCUGGGGAACCAGCGGGGGCCGUGUCCACAGCGGGAAAGGGAGUUUGAACUGCCCAUUUCCAUGCUGCGCUGGACCUGGGGGACCUGAGGGAUGAGCGGGUGAGCUUUGUUUCUGUGGAAUCUCAACGUGAUGUUUAGCUGCAAGUGGAUGCGGAUGGAGGCCCUUAAUAGAGGGGAAAAAUAGUUCUUAAAAAGCAUAUGCCCCCCCCCAUGUCUCUAUAGAACCAAAUCAAAGCUGUUCCUUGGAAGGUAUGAAUAGAAAAAAAAAAAGAUUUCUAUGGAGCUUAAAGUUCACAGCCAUUCUGUGUAGACAAGAGCUAAGAAAAAUGUGAGAAUUAUACAGAAAACCAUUAAUCACUUCUUUUCUUUAAAUACGUAUCCUCUCUCCUUUGUUAUUAUUCAACAGCAAAUCUCUGCAGACCGGCUGUUGGGGGAAAAAAGUGUUAGCCAUCUCUCCGGGAUCUGCCAGGGGGCAAAAAUUUGGAGCCAUAAAGUUGAAAACUUUUUUCUCUCAGUUUGGAAGAAGCCGUUCGUCAUGAAUGGGAUCAGCGGAGCUCGGUGGAGAGGAGGCGAGAGACGCAAAGGUAACAAAGCCGAGCUUGGGCUGGCAUUUUUUUGAUCCUUUUAUGAGCCCUUUUCACAAGCUAAAGCAGAAACACUCUCUCGCCUCCUCCUUUUCUUUUUCAACUAUCUUCUUGGGAGUUUUUAUGGUGGACACUUGGUCAGGUUUGCCGCCUUUUAUGAUGACUGAUGCUUGGGUCAGGGGGAGAGAGGGGCCUCGGCACCUGGAGAGCGUUUGAACUAGUUGGGACGGAGGUGUCAGGGGCCCUGAAAAAUCCCAGACAAGAAGGUUGUUUGCCAGGCAGCUCAGAAGUGCUUUUCUGGUUUGGGGAAAUGCAGGUGGGCCUGGGAGCCUCCGCCUGUGUGUGUAUAUACAAGUGCGUAUACAUGCGUGCAUACAGCAAGGUACACGUGUGACCAAGGUGUUCCUGUGACUCUCUUGUCUGCUCUGGGAGUUUGUGUCCCAUGUGCUAGUUUACCAGUGAGAUGUCUCUGCUGCAUCCUUGAAAAAUCCAGCUAGUUCUUGGUUAGACUCUGCCAGCCUUGGAGCUGGGAUAUAGGUGGCUGUGUUCGUUUUUUCUUUUUGUGUCUUCUUUGGGAUUCUAGACAAAUAUUGGCUACUCUCUGGAGCAGGCAACUACUCGGUUCAGAAGUGAGCUUGGAGGUUCCGUUGACGUGGCUCUGCUGACACUGGGAUAUUCCUCUUUUCUGCUCUGUUUCCCUCAUCUUCCUCUUGGAGGCUGAGCAUUCCCGUUGGUUUUCUUUUGCCCUCUAUCACUGGGGGCUCUGCUCCCUCCUCUUAUUAGGGUGAGGGAGCCAGUGGGCUCUGCCUCAGACCUGAAAGCGCUGGCCCUUUUUCCCUGGGGCUCACUGAGGGUUUGGAGGCAGGAGGCUGGCAGGAGAGAGAGUUCAUGGAGAGGCCACGUUUUCUAGGCGAUUAGCUCGGUAUUAGAACCACAAAAUGACCUCGGAAGCCCCUUGACCUCUCUGAGACUGGACAUUGUGCUGACUCUUGCCUCCUGCCCAGGAGGGAAAGUCACACCUCCGCAGGGAGGGGUCCUUGGGCUGUGGUGUGUCCAUCUUCUCCAUCCCCCACUUGCUCACAACCUCUGCUUUGCUAUCUUGGAAUUUCUAAAUCAUUUUUCUAUUACUGUCCAUUAGAGAGAAAAAGGAAUAAAAGUUUUAGCCAGGGGGUCCAGUGGGGGGGAAGAAAGUAGGGCACUGGUCUAUUUCUCUGUUUGGCGUCCCUUCCCUAGGUCAGGCUCCAACCCUACCCCCUUCCAUUCUCUCCUCCUUGCCUGUUUUGCUUGGAAGGAGCUGAGGGAAGAAGGACAAAGGGAGGCGAGAGGAGAGGUUAGAGAGGCUGGAUUCACAGGGCUAGAGGAAUAAACCCCUUGGUCCUAAGGAGGAGAAGGCUCCCAUCAAGAACAUACCAUCUCUCCGAGGUCCAGUAUUCAAAUCCACAGCCUCUUCACCCAUUUUCUGAAGCCUCAUAUAAUCGCCUUCACCCCCUUUUCUAAAUCCCCAAUCCCACCCCAGCUAUUCACAGGGCUUAGAGACUACCUUGCCCAGCAGAAGAGCAAGAGAAAUGGAAGGAAGGUUGAUAUAGGCUGUUCUGACCACCUCCUUUGUGGGGCCAGUUCUGUUGUGCUAACCAAAGUUUUCAGCAACUUUUUAUUUUAACAGAUGAGUGGAGAGUUUGCUAGAAAGAAGUGAACCCCAAACAUAGAGCCUUUCCAAAUCUGUAUUCUAUUUGCUGUAUCUUAAAAAUCCACGCCAGCAGCUAUCCACUUAGAGGUGAGACAGAGCGAGAUACAGACAAACAGAUGGACUGGACAAAGGAAAAGCUGUCCUCUGGUGAAGACUAGGGAAGCUAGAACCUUGCUGGGAUAUAUAUGAAGUGCUGGUUUGCAUUUCAUAAAUUGUUCCCUAUAAAUUGAGGGACUCUGUGUCAGGCAAGAAAUAACUGGAGUUGGCUUUUAUCCUCUCGUUUGGUGUAAAUAAAUAUGCCAGAGAUCAAAAAAGAAAAGAUAGAGGAGCAUAAAUAGAAGGCUGGAGGCCUCAAGAAGAAAAGAGGGUGAGCAGGAAGGGAAACUAAACAACUCCUGAGCUGUAAAUAUUUGGAGUUCAGGGGAGAUGUACAAUCAUCACAACCAAUUGUGGACCCCUGUAUAGACCCGGGUGACAAAGACCUAGUCACCUGAGACUUUACAAGCAGUUCCAUGCAUUGUAGGAGUUAGGGGUCCACCAAAGAGAAAGAAGAGGGGCCCAAUAGAAAGGGAAGGUUGGGGUUCACUAAAGGGUUUUAGCCCCACAGGCUGAAACUAUGAGAUCUUCCCCUUCUCUUGCUCCCUGACCUCAACCUUUCAGAGUUGAGUGCUGCCAGUAGCCUCCUCACAGGGCGGCAGUGACCUCAGCCCAGUGGCCCCUGUGAGCUCACCUUGUACAAUUCUGGCAGUUCUGGCAGCCACCUGAGGCCUCCCCAUCUUUAGAUCUCUUUCCCUUUCUUCCCUCCAGUUUCCUCAGCCCUCCCCACGCUCUCUCCUUACUGCCACCAGUCUGCCAACCUCUCAAGCCAGACUGGGACUGCCUGGGGCUGCCCCAGUGCCGAUGGUGUGUCUCGCUGGGAAGAGGCGGCUGGGGAGGGGAUUCUGGUUGGAAAACGAAGUUGGGAAGUUUCCCAGCGUGAAUUGAGCGCUGACGGAUUUGUGAUCGGCCGUAAAACCGGCGCGUUCGGAUUCGUAAAUCAAUCUCGCCUUUCUCACAGUAUAAACGUUCGCUUUAUCGGCCGCGAGAAAGCGCGGAGCCCGAGCUCAGGCGCUUGUUUAUUUGAACAUGGACAUUCCCAGGAUCCGAACAGAGUGUGGGCAUUUUAACAGACCCUGCCCUGUGUGCUUUCCCUGUCAUUUUAUUAUUCUUUUUCUUGUUCUUGAAGAAUUUCUCUGUUUCAGAGAUUGCUGUUUUCUCAUACUCGUCUCUCUCUCAUAUUUUUCUUUAGUGGAGUGGAGUUUUU